UGGUAGACUAAGGCCAAUUACCGCAGGUACACACACCACCUCUGCAUUUUUUCUAUUUUCGGUCUGCCCCCCGUCUUUCCCGCCGUCGGGUUGCUGGUGGUUGUGUGCUGCGUAUGGCAGCCCCCCGUUUCUGCUGUCAUCCAACCUAGACCCGUUCAUCGCGAAGCCGACCAAUCGACGCCUCGCCAUGCAUUCCUCCGAAAAUGGUCGACGGGCCCAGCGCCUGCGUCCGGAUUUGAAUAUCAACACCUCAGGCACCUCCACUCGCAGCCGCGAAUCUAUGCCCCCGUUGCCUCUCACGCCCCCGGCUCGCAAGCCUCCCACCUCCGCCAAAGGGAAGCCGCCCCUAUCCAGCAGCCGGGCCUUUCGACAGACCCCGUCGACUGCCACUUCGGUCAACUCUGAGGAGUCUUUCCUCGACAACAGUUCGCCUAUCGAGAGGGCCACCGAGCCCGACCUCGCCGAUCUUCCCCGGGGCAGGAAUCCGAGAGAUUCCCACGACCUGUCCCUGCCCGCCCGCCAGUUCACCCGCGACUCGCUCGUGACGAACAUGCUGACCUCCCUCGACCAAUUCUCCCUGGGACAGCUGCACACGCCUACGACUAAUAUGUUUGAGGAUGACGAGGCUGCCGGAGGAUCGAGAGACGACUAUUCCAAGUAUAUGUCGAGCGCGUCCCGUUCCAAUCGCAUGUGGAGUUCGGGUGUAGGCCACGGUCACGGAUACAGUUGCAGCUCCGACAUCGAGGGUACCGACGACGGGGCGAGUAGGUUAUCCGGCCAAUUCUCGAGGGGGCGGCGUAGCAACAGCAGUUCCGGCUUUCAAUCCGGCUUGGGGAGAAUCAAUAGUUUACGCGAGCGUGGUUACCCCGGUACGGGCGGCGCGCGUGUGCUGCAUUCGAGAGGGGGCAAGACGAGUAAAAGCAGCAGUACCAACAGCAUUGACGGAGGAGGCUACUCCCAGGCCAUCAACACCCAACGAGCGGCACACGGCCUGGGUGGGCGGUCGUCGAGCUUCGACUACGGACAGCGACCGUCUCUAAAUUCCCCCAGUGCCUGGAAGACCGAGUUCAGCAACACGUUCCUUGUAGACGAGUACGAAGCGGCUCCCACGCCGACGGUGCCCGUCGGCCCCAGGCGCAUAAACAUGCCGACCUCUCCCGCCGGGCCGCCCCCAGCACCCCGGGAGCCGGAGUCGCCACCUGAUCGGAAGAAGUCUACUACGAGGUCGAGGAGCGGUACCGCACGGACAAACCAGUCGAAGUAUAGUACCACGCGUGAGCGUGAGGCGCCUCCUCCGUUACCUCCGAUCGAUAUGGACUCGGCUCCUGCGCCACACAUCGGGUACGAGAAGUCGAAGGAGUUGUUGCAUGGCCCUCAAGGAUCAGCACCUCCGGUAAAAGAAAAGCAGGGCUUCUUCAGCAGAUUUUUCGGCUCAUCUCGGGGCAAUAACGCGAGCGCCCCCGAUAUUAGACUCUCCCAAGGCGCACCCUCGUCGGCAGAGGCUGUCGCAAAUAAAUUGCAACAUGUUGCAUCCCAGACGAAGGCUCAAUCUACUCCACCGUCUCGGGACUCCCAGCGCCCCCCAAAUCAACCCCAUCAUGUCAUUCAAAAGAAGUCGUCCUUUUUCCGGAGAAGGAAGAAAUCUGUGGCCGAACCACCCGUCCCGGCGCCGCCGAUACCCACGUCUAUGGAGAUUAAUAGGAUCAAGGAGCAGUCGGUUACCGUGCGCGAAUCUAGCCCAUCUAGUUUGCGCGAGACGAUGAGCCCGUAUCUUCAGCAGGAUCGGACCCCCUUGUCUGGCAGCCUACCUCCCCUGGAGCGCGAGAAUUCGUCGCGAGCCCUCGGUUAUGAGUCCCAAGACGAGGAGAAAGGCCGCAGAACGCGUGGUUUCUCACCCGAUUACGAACCAAGCGCGAGUGCCACCAUUAGGACCGUGAAAUCUACGUCGGCUUUGAGAAAUCACGAAUCGACCCGGAGGCGGACACAGAUGGAGUUAGCGAUGCAUGAGCUUCCCGAACUACCCGCGAAGAAGGGCGUCGAGGGUCGCGACGCUACAUUUUUCCACGAUAGUAGUGACGAAGGCGAAAAGCCGCGGCCAGCAGUCGAGCAGAGGCAGCACCGCCAAAAUACCGGAUCUUCACCAGUGACCAAUGGGCCGAGGGGUGAGACUGCCGGCCCCGAGGCACGGGAGCCGCAGAUGGCUAGCAAUGGGGAAUUCCCAAGACCCCAACCCUCACCGAGCUUGCUAUUCCAGGAAAACGGCACAAUCGAGGAGGAGGACCAUGGGUUAGAUCCUAGGCAGGCUAGCAACAGCCGCCAGGCUCCGAAGAGGACCUCGACUUGCCCUGGCCCGCUCAACAAGAUGGUUGGUAGCUUACCCAGUGUCACGAUAGACAGCGUAGAAACCAGCUCGAAGGCUACGGGGUCACCGCUAGAUGAGCCUGAAGUAACGGUAGGAGAGCCCACAGAAGACGAUCGCCAAAAAGCGCAGAGAAUCUUCGACGGAAAUGAAGACUUCAUCCAGAAAGAGAAGGCUGCUGCGUGGAUGGGAGAAGAGGGUCUGGUAAGACAACGGACUUUACGCGCAUACAUGGAUCUUUACGACUUCGAGAAUCAAAGCGUUCUUAGUGCGCUCCGACAAGUAUGCACUCGUCUCGUCUUCCGAGCCGAGACGCAACAGGUCGACCGGAUACUCGUCGCAUUCUCCAAACGAUGGUGCGACUGCAACCCCAAUCACGGGUUCAAGGACAUUGAUGUAAUUCAUACGCUGUGUUACUCUAUCAUGCUCCUGAAUACCGAUCUGCACGUCGCAGAUAUCGAUCAAAAGAUGACGAGGAGCCAAUUUGUCAAGAAUACUAUGACCACCAUCAAGCACGCCAUUGCCGACUCUCUUCCCGAGGGAUUCGACCGGGCCAGUAUCCUACCGGGGAAGUCGACCUUCCUGAAUCCCGCCGAGGCAGAAACCGUCGUGCCGCCCGAGCCAGAGUCGGAACGGCCUAGCUGGAGGUAUUCCUUCAAGCCACCGCCACGAUCGGACUCGUCUACGGGUAAUUACUCCGACGGGCUGGUUGAUAGCUGCGGUCCGCUGGUCAAGACGCCCUUCGAGGGCAACAUGAAAGCUUGGACGCAACAAGUCGAGUUGGUCUUGAAGGAUGUUUACACGUCUAUCCGUGACGAAAGGCUCCCUCUCUUCGGGGCCGAGCAAAACAACCCCCACAGCCAAGCGCAAAACAGCUUAACCGUCAUGGGUAUGCUUAAACGUAGCCCGAGCGUGCUUUCAAAGGCGCCUUCCGAGGGCUAUAUUUCGACCCGCGGCCGGGUGAACGACCCGACGCGGCCUCCUGGCAGUCGGUGGAAUUCGAAGAGUCGGUCGCGACCACGAUUUACCGCUAACGGAGUCUCGUCGAGCCGUACCAGUUUUGAGGACAUGAACUCGAUCUGGAGUCCUGCUACCUCGUCGGCGACAUGGAGCCGGUAUUCUUUGGGCAGGACUCAGACUUCGAUGUCUAUGGACUCAUUUGGUUCUUACCCGCAAGGCGACUACCAACAAUCCAUCGGUUUUGCCAAUGCCCUCAGCCAGGCCAUCAUCCGCGAGGAUCUUCCGCCGGGCACCAGUGGACAGUCUAUUAUUAGUGAUGAUCUGUCAAGUGCUCAGCUUCUAGAAGACGAGUCGCUCGAGCUUUCCGGGCCUCCCUGGAUUAAGGAGGGCCUCGUUAUUCACAAGCACCACCUCGACGGAAUGGACAAGAAGGCUAAGGAGCGUAAUUGGACGGAGGUGUUCGCUGUUGUCCAGAAAGGGACGAUGAGUCUGUUCUCGUUUUCUACCAAGUCGAUGCGUCAAAAGGCCCGCUCCGGUCGCAAGCCACCCGUCGGCGGCGUCGUCGGCGGCGGAAACUGGCAGGAAAACGCCACCAACGUUGGCACGUUCUCGCUCCGGCAAACCCUCGCAUCAGCUCUUCCACCACCUGGCUACUCGCGAAGCCGACAGCACGUGUGGGCGCUCAGCCUCCCCACCGGCGCCGUCCACCUCUUCCAAGUUGGCACGCCGGAGAUAAGCAAGGAGUUCGUCCUCACGGUAAAUUACUGGAGUUCUCGGCUGAGCACACAUCCCCUCGUCGGCGGCGUUAGUAAUAUCGAGUAUGGCUGGAGCGACGCCGUCAUCAACAGCGCCCUGAUCACUGCGGUCAACGACACGGUCAUGCCACCGCGUCCCGGCAGCGCCGCGGCGGGCCGCUCCAGCAUGCACAGUCGCCAGAACAGCAUUCCGAGCAGCAUUCGCUCGUCAUUUGACGUUGGCGGCUCCUCCCGAGCGAAGCUCCCGGGCGACCGUAUCCAUAUUGCCGAUUGGGCGCCGCCAGCACAGUCAUUACGCCCCAGCACGUGCUCGGAGGCGGAGCAGCUAGAAACCCUAGAAGCCUACGUUAGAUCCAUCGAAGAGGAUCUGAAGAGACAUAACCAAUUGCGGUCUCCCAUGCUUCUAGCAUUCACACCACGUGGCCAAAACGCGACCAAGGCGAUGACUAACUGGGAGCGGAAGAGUAGCUAUCUUCUGCGUGAAAUCGUCAAGUUCAGGACCUACGUCGAUUGCUUACAGCACGCUAAGGCGAGACGAGUGGAGAUCUACGGCGAGCGCGACGUUGCCCGACGUGCCAUGGAGGGCGACGGCCUUAGCGAUAGCGCCAGCAUGCAAAGCCUGGAGGAAGACACGAUGUUAGCGGUUCAAUAGAAGGUUAGAGCUCUCAGGCUCUCUGCCGAAAGAAGGAUACGAGAAGCCUUAUGUUUUUACAUCUUUAUUCACGUCCGACUAAACGCUGGUAUUAGUCCG